ACACACACACACACACACACACACACAGCAAACAUCCGUCUCUGUUUAAACGGUGUGUCUUCUGUAGAGACGUCUGCUGCAUGAAAGAUUAUUAUUUAAGAUUUAGGUUGUGGAUAAAGUUCCUAGAUCUGAAAUGACCGAAAUAAAAGGUGACCUGACUUCACUGUCUCUAGGCGCCGAAGCCUUCGUCACCAUGGCGACCACAGACUCGUACUGCAUGGGAGCGACGGUGGUGGCCAGGAGUCUACGGCGUCACGGCACGACUCGCAGCAUCGUCGUCAUGGUUACGCCCAGCGUCUCAGAGCAGUCGAGGCUCGCCCUGCAGGAAGCGUUUGAUGAUGUCAUCACGGUGGAGGGGAUGGACAGCGAGGACCAUCUCCGUCUGUCCCUGCUGGGACGUGCCGAGCUCGGAAUCACCUUCACCAAGAUCCACUGCUGGUCUCUGAGCCGCUUCAGCAAGUGUGUCUUCCUGGACGCCGACACACUCGUCCUUUGUAACGUGGACGAGCUGUUUGAGAGAGACGAGUUUUCGGCGGCUCCGGAUCCCGGCUGGCCCGACUGCUUCAACUCCGGCGUGUUUGUCUUCAGACCGUCUCUGGAAACGCACCGCCGCCUGCUGGAUCACGCUCUGCAGCGCGGGAGCUUCGACGGAGGGGACCAGGGCCUGUUGAACUCUUUCUUUAGCGGCUGGCCAUUGGACGACAUCAGGAAACAUCUGCCGUUCGUCUACAACGUGAGUGCCAGCUCCGUCUACAGCUACCUCCCUGCUUUCACACAGUUUGGCCACAAUGCAAAGAUCGUCCAUUUCUCGGGAGCAGUGAAACCCUGGAGCUCCGGCAGCCAAUCACAGUCUCCCACCAUGGACCACUUUGUGUCUCUGUGGUGGAAGGAAUACAACACCAGUAACAGCAGUUACACAACACCAGCCGUGCCAGGGAAACCCCAACAGGUCCAGGAACGAGAGACCGAGACGCCGUUUAGAGAAAACUUGGACAGUUCCAUCUCUCUGCUCGCACACUUCUCCCCGCUGGCAUCGAGGCUUCACCCCCCGUCUGAACCAGAGACGUGUUCCCACACAGGUAACACACCGCUGGGGGACGAAGACGAGGACGAAGACAAGGCAGAGGUCCAGGACCCGGCAUCUGGUGCAGAAACUGAUCCACAUCCUAGCGCUGCAGAUGGAGCUGCAGACGGCGCUGCAGACGACGGAGCUGCAGAUGGAGCUGCAGACCGCGCUGCAGACGGCGAGGCGGAGCGGCGGGGGCGGCGGGGGCGGUGGGAGGCCGGCCAUGCCGACUACCUGGGCAGAGACGCCUUCCACAACAUCCAGACCAUGCUGGACCGCUUCCUGGAUUAAUGGAUCGCACACAGGAACAAACGCCAUUUCAAACCUUAACAUUCCUUUUUACAACAUCUUUCUCACUUUUUUGAAAUAAAUGUCCCUUUAUUCCAAAAGUUUUAGCGUUUUUUGGCACUAUUUUAAUUAUUGUCCACUAACUGGAUUAUUGGGGAAAAAAGCAACAAAAACAUCUAAAAAAGUGACAAAGAUAUCCAAACCGGCCACAAAAAUGACAAAAAAGUAACAAACAGUUGUUGCCUUUUUCACCUUUUGUCGUUUUUCCAGAUAUAUUUUUUAAUUAACGACUCCACAACAUUUGGAUUAACUGCUCUCACACACACACACAGGACCUCUGAAACCCACACACACUCUGUCCUGUACUUUUUUUUUUAUAUGCUCCAAAGUUCACCUUAGUCCGGACUAAUAAUAAUAAUAAUAAUAAUAAUAAUAAUAAUAAUACACAAUAGAAG